CGGCUGCCCGAGCCCCGCGGCCGGGCCUUCCGUGGCCACGCCCCCGUGGUUGCAGGGACAGCGCCCGAGGCCACCGUGGAGGUGGGGCUUGGCGCGCGCACCUGCCGGCUGGCUUGUCUGGCGUCGGACCACUGGACUCGAGGCUGCCGGUCCUGACCCUUGGCCGGGAAGCGCGCGUGUCUUGCAGAGUAGGGGAUGCGGAGAGCCGCUCCUCCGUGUCCAGGUAGCAUGGUCUGGAGCCAGAGGCGGCCAGGGUAUGACUGGCAUUCUUCAAGUCAUUCCCAGACCCGCCCUCUCCAGGACUGGCAGCCCGAGUUUCCUUUCGGUUUCUUUAAACAGUCUUGGGGACCGGACACUGCGGGAUCCACGCCGGGGCGCGGGUGGCGGAGCUCCGCCUCUGGGGGUUCCCCUGCGGCACCCCCAGCCCGCCGCCCCGACUUGCGGCAGUGCCACCGACCGCGCCUGGGCCAGCGCCGGGAGCCGGGAGGGGGGGCGCCGCCACCUCGCGCUCCCUCCUGCGCCCACCGCACCGGCGCCGCCGUCUCCCCAGCCAGCCUCCUCGGGGGAAGCGGGGCAAGGAAGCGAAAGUCAUUGAGAAACUUGUUUGAUUUCACUCUCUGAACCUUCUGGGAAUCAGUCUGCGGCAGGCGGCGCUGAGAUGGUACAGGGCGGGGGUCCUGGUGCCUACAGGACCGGUCUCCUCCUCGGUCUCCUCCUGCUAAUGCUGCUGAUUUUGCCAGGUAAUGGGAACGAGGGCAGCAAAGCUGGAAACUGUUACUGCAUGAAAACGUUUUCUUCAAACUCUCCACCAACCGCUGACCAGUUGAAGGCUUUGAGAAAGCGACUGGAAGAGUACAAUCAAUGCUUUGGCUAUGCCAGGUUCCGCUUGCGUCCUCGGUCCAGUUCCCAGCCCAAGUUGUACUCUGUGUGUGGGGGCAGCCAAGACCCUUGGGUGCUGGACUUGAUUAGCUGCUAUGAAAAAAAAGAAUGUGGACAUCACUCCCAAUCCCAGAGUAUGGCUCGCCAGGAACAUUUACUUCCACCCAACCAUCAGGUUCCUGAGUCCACAGAAAAGACAUCUUGGAAUACCAGCACUCCUACCCAGACUGCCCCAUCACCCACCCUGCAGUCUACUCAGCAGCCCACCCUGCCGUCUACUCAGCAGCCCACCCUGCCAGCAGCAACACCAUCCUUCGAAAAAAAUUUCACUCAUAAUAGUGAAACCACAACUUCCACGGUGGGACCAAGUCUGCACGCAGCACUUGAAAUUAGGGAGCAAGAGAAAGGAAACAAGGGCUCUGCAGCCGGGGCGUCAGCUUUGGUGGCCGUACCAUCCCUGUUGGGAAUUGUCUUCAUCCUCACCAUAAUCAUCCUAUAUUUGAAAUGCAAGAAACAGAAAUCACGGCACGACUCUCCAGAUUUAGAGCUCCCCUUGGCACCAGAUUCCACUGCUUAAAGAAUGGAAACCUGUGAGGCUGGCUGAUUUGUUCAAUACCAUGGGCAUUUAAUUCUUCAACCUGAAAAUGUGACAAGAUAUAAUAAAACUGCCCUCAACUUUCCUGAUUUUUCUCUUUUGCAUGAUCAUGUUGGAUGUUGCUUUACAAAAUAAUAAUACCUUGGACAAAUUCUCUUUUUAACUUAUUUUACUUAUUAUUAUGUUUGUGGCCCACUUCUUUUUUUCUUUUGCUUUUUUUUGGGGGGGUCACACCCAGCGAUGCUCAGGGGUUACUCCUGGCUUUGCACUCAGGAAUUACUCCUGGCAUGCUUGGGGACCAUUUGGGAUGCCGGGGAUCGAACCCGGGUCGGCCUCAUGCAAGGCAAACGCCCUACCCGCUGUACUAUCGCUCCGGCCCCUGUGGCCCACUUCUGAUCAUGGUGAGGUGAUGUAUGGGUCUGUGGUAUUAGGGAGUACCUAGGGACAUACCACACUGUGCCUAGGUGAGGCAUGUGGUCCAGGGAAUCACUAAGGACUUCAUCACAUGGUGGCCAUGUACUCUACCAUAUGAAUUAUUGACUCUGCAGAGACUGGUCUCAUACCCUUAUCCCUUACCAUGAUUUCUGGUACCAGCUUCUCUGUUGGUGAUUCCCCUUUGUCCUAAGUCUCUCCAUACUACACCAGAUAUUCCUUCCCAGCUUCAAACCUCUCCUACCCCAGCCCCAAAGUGAAAAACUGCUUUUUUCUACCCUUGUUCCUUUAAGGCUGCCAGUCUCGUUUUACUGCCUUGAAUCCCUUGUAUCACCCAGCGAUACAUACCCCAGUGAUUGUGUGAGCCCCUUGUUUUUAUGUUAUUGCUUUUAUUAUUAAAAUCCUUGGUUUUCUUCCAAUGAUGGAUAUGAGAAA